AUGAAUGUCUCCCUCCCACCACAGGACAAAUGGGAGGAGCUCCUCAGCCAGGGCUCACAUCUGGAGAUCUUUGGGCACAUCUUCUUGAUGACCCUGGACACCAUCAUGAAGUGUACCUUCAGCCACCAGGGCAGCAUCCACACAGACAGGUCAGUGAUUGCCCUUCAGCUGGAGGGUUUUCUUUCUUACCUACUGGUGUGGACUUACCUGAGUAGCAAGUGGGACAACUUAGAUGUUCACCUCUACACGAAGCAAGAUUCUGCCCACAGUUCCAGACAAAUUCAAAUUCCAGCUAGACCAAACCUUGACUCAGCCAUGGAUCGGCACAUUUCAAAGGGACUGGCAUUGACUCCUCAGGUAGAGCCAGGCCCCCUGGUUCCCCUUCAAGAGCUGAGACACACUCGUGCUGUGUACUUCCCUGGUGCAGGCAUUGGGAACCGACCUGUGAUAAACCUGAGGAAGGCUCACCUGCAGAAGGAGGGAGAGCUGGAGAAGGUCAGGAAGAAGAGACGCUUGGAUUUCCUGGACAUCCUCCUCACUGCCAGAAUGGAGAAUGGGAGCAGUUUGUCUGAUGAGGACCUCCAUGCUGAGGUGGACAAGUUCAUGUUCGAUGGCCACGACACCAUAGCCAGUGGCAUCUCCUGGAUCCUCUAUGCUCUGGUCACGCACCCCGAGCAUCAGCAGAGGUUCCGGGAGGAGAUCCAGAGCCUCCUGGGGGAUGGCGCCUCCAUCAGCUGGGACCACCUGGACCAGAUGCCCGACACAACCAUGUGCAUCAAGGAGGCACUGUGACUCUAUCCACCAGUACCAAGCAUUGGCAGAGAGCUCAGCAAGCCCCUUACCUUCCCCGAUGGACGCUCAUUAUGCAGAGUUAUGAAUUUCAUCACAUUCACUAACCAGAGCACUGCAAGAACGCCACAAUGGAGGUCAUAAAUCUAUGUGUCCCAGAACAGCUCUGAACCUCUCUGGGUCUUGUUUUCCUCUGAAGAACAUCAAUACUUACUUUGUAGUUAGGAUGAGGUGUAUGAAGUUCUUGGCACAGAGCUUGAGACCAGUAAAAGCCCAGUAAACAAAUGCUAGCCUCUGAAUGUGGGCUCGGGAAUUAGCCCUAAAAUUCUAAUUCCCUGAGAUACGAGGGCUGGAGAGACAAUCAAACAGGGGUCAGGGGAGAUGUGGUUCUUUUAUUGGGGUCUAGGCAAAUGAGGGAGAUCAGGGAAUCCACUGUCAUGGAUCAGAUGCUCCAGUCUCUGAGGACCCCACAGUUUGCUGGCAGAGAGUAGCCGACUACAAGAUCUGAGACCCCUGCCACAGUUGGAGACAACCCUCUGGCUCACCUCCCAUUGGGUUGGAAGCCCGGCCCUGCCACAUCCUAGCUGGGUUAUCACAGGCAAGUUGCUCAGUCUCUCUGAGGCUCAGGUGCCUCAUAUGAACAAUGGGGCUAUGAGAGCCUUUCCUGGAGGGUGGAUGUGAGGAUUGAAUGAGUUAAUGCAUAUCCCCCAAGGGCUCAUGGAUGGCACCUGAUAAACAUGAGUUGUCAUUUGAGUUGCUCCAAAAAGUAAGCCCCCAAUUCUUUCUUGCUUCUCAAUCCUGGGUCCUGGUUAUCUCCUCCUAAUCUGUGCACAUGAGCUUUGCCGUGUCCACCCCACCUCUCUUGCAGCAGGCUCAUUCCACUCAGAUUGAUGAGAAGUGGCCCUCAGGUCUUUCCUGCAUGCAUAUGCCCCCUCCUGCCACAGGGACAGGGACCCGCCCCUUGUGUAUGAUCAGUCUGCUCUCUUCUCCUUCUGCCCCACAGGAGUCACGGUCAUGCUCUCCUUUUAUGCCCUUCACUACAACCCGGAGGUGUGGCCAAACCCAGAGGUAUGAUGGGCGGGGGAGGAAGGGAUG